AUGCCAUCCGCGCAACCUCCUCCUAUCCUCGCAAGCUCUUCCGAGCCAUCAUAUUCCCCCAUCACAGCCAGCGCGUCCACGAAUGCAGAGGACCGACACGACCGCUCUUCAUCUACACCCACCAACUCGUCCCGGCAGGGAGGCACCAGCGAGAGGGACAAGCCCCGAUUGACGGAGCAGGAAAAGAAGAACAACCAUAUUGCCUCGGAGCAGAAGCGACGCGCAGCGAUACGCGAGGGAUUCGACCGACUUACAGAGCUUGUUCCGGGUCUGGAGGGCCAAGGGCGGAGCGAGAGCGUUGUUCUGAAGAAGACUGUCGACUUUAUCCAUGAGCAGAUUGAGGAGCGGAAGAAGCUCAUCGCAGAGAUCGAGCGCAGAGGCGGGAACAUCCCCGAAAACUUGCGAUCAUAG